CGAUUACUCAGCCCUGCCGUAAACUGAUUCAGUGUCGUGAAAGCAUUUGUUGAUCUAGCUGUACCAUAGAUGUGCACAUAGUUUGUAUGCGUAGAGCUUCUGUUGUAUCAUCUUGUGCGUGUUCCUGUUGCUCGUGAGAAAGUUGUUAUAACUAAGAGAAUGGGUUUGUAAGUAGUCGGUUGAUGUUUGUCUGAAGAAGAGCCUGUAAGUCUGCAGAGACCAUGUAGUGAUGGACAGAGACGGACUCUCUCUGCUUGUUAGCCCGAGGGACUGUGAUCCACUUGGUUCCGUGACAGAUACCAUCUGUGCCAGAACGAAAGCAAAAUCUGCCACCAGAAUACCUUGAUCGCUUUACACAGCCUGAAAGCUGCUCAUUUAACCAAACAUUUGAACUUGUAGUUAGCUUCGAUCUCUGUUAGCACAUCGUGAAAAAGUACUCUGUUUGUUAGCCUCAACUCGCCCUGGUGUUAGCCGUGAGCAAAGAUAUGCAGUCGUCUUGCUAUGAGUCAAACAAACCAUGGUCUUGUAUAACAAGUGCGUAGCUUAGAUUAACUUUGACAAAUCAAGGCUCGCUGCAGCUUUUUCAUCUGCCAGUAUGGAGGCUGACGACGACGUGCCUCUCAUCCUGACCUGGGAUGAAGCAAACAGCGGUCUGCUCAGUGAGGAGCCGGGGAGAGGAGACGAAAAUGGAGGAGGAGGCAACUACGACAUAGUCAACAAUGCAGUGAUCUCGACACCUGGCCCACCAAACCACAGAGCCCAAAAUGUGUCCUUACGACAAAGCUGGGAGAUGAACUACCAAGAGGCAGCCAUCUACCUUCAGGAAGGAGAGAACAAUGAUAAGUUCUUCACCCAUCCUCGGAACCCAAAGGCGCUGGCCGCGUACCUGUUUGCCCACAACCACCUGUUCUACAUGAUGGAGCUGUUGACAGGCCUGCUGCUGAUGAUGCUGUCUCUGUGUGAAGCUCCUGCUGUUCCCUCUCUGCGCCUGGAUGUCUAUGUCCACGCCACUUUGGAGCUGCUGGCUUUGGUUAUGGUGGCAUUUGAGCUUUGCAUGAAACUGCGCUGGUUAGGCUUCCACACCUUCAUACGACACAAGAGGACCAUGGUUAAGACUUGUGUGUUGCUGCUGCAGUUCGUGGAGGCUAUAGUGGUUCUGAUCAGACAGACGUCGCAUGUGCGGGUGACCAGAGCCCUCAGACCAAUUUUCCUGGUGGACUGUCGAUACUGUGGUGCUGUGCGCAGAAACUUGCGUCAGAUCUUCCAGUCCCUCCCACCUUUUAUUGACAUCCUCCUUCUGCUGCUCUUCUUCAUGGUUAUAUUUGCUAUGUUAGGUUUCUGUCUCUUCUCCACGAACACAUCUGACCCGUACUUCAGAACUCUGGAGAACAGCCUGGUCAGUCUGUUUGUGCUGCUGACCACAGCAAAUUUCCCUGACGUGAUGAUGCCGUCUUACUCGAAGAACCGCUGGUCCUGUGUUUUCUUCAUUGUUUACCUCUCCAUAGAGCUUUAUUUCAUCAUGAACCUGCUGUUAGCCGUGGUGUUUGAUACGUUUAACGAUGUUGAGAAGAUGAAGUUUAAAUCUCUUCUGCUUCACAAGCGCUCAGCGAUUGACCACGCAUUUCAGCUGCUAGUCAGUCGGCAGAGGCCGAUGGGCGUGUCGCUCAAACAGUUUGACGGUUUGAUGCGGUUUUACAGACCGCGGAUGUCUGCACGGGAUCGUUUCCUCACAUAUAAAGCUCUGAACACCUCGGGGGCUCCCAUGCUCAGUCUACAGGACUUUUAUAAGUUUUAUGAGGUCACUGGCCUCAAAUGGAAGGCACGACGCAGUGGAGAGCACUGGUUUGAUGACCUUCCACACACAACCUUCCUCAUUUUCAAAGGCAUCAACCUGCUUGUGAAGUCAAAGGGCUUCCAGUAUGCCAUGUGUGUGGUGGUGGCCAUCAACGGUGUGUGGAUCCUUGUGGAGACGUACACUCUGAAUAGUGGAUUUUCCUGGUCUCUAUUCGUCCCCUGGAGUUACAUUGUUUUCCUGACCAUUUAUGGUGUAGAGGUGUUAUUGAAAAUUUCCGGUUUGGGCCCGAUGGCUUAUUUCAGCUCUGGGUGGAAUCUGUUUGACUUCUUUGUGACUGUGUUUGCAUUCCUGGGCCUGAUUGCUCUUGCCUUCGAUAUGGAGCCUUUUUACUUCAUUGUAGUUCUCAGACCACUCCAGCUGCUGCGGUUGUUUAAGAUAAAGCAGAGGUAUCGUAACGUGUUGGACACCAUGUUUGAGCUUUUCCCCAGGAUGGCAAGUCUGGGUCUGACUCUGAUCAUCUUCUACUACUCCUUUGCCAUCGUGGGGAUGGAGUUCUUUGCUGACGUGGUUUAUCCAAACUGCUGCAACACCAGCACAGUGGCAGACUCCUACAGACUGAUCAACAACACAGUUGGCAACAAAACAGUGUUGGAAGAGGGCUACUAUUAUCUAAACAACUUCAACAACAUUCUUAGCAGCUUCGUGACUCUGUUUGAGCUGACUGUGGUCAACAACUGGUACAUCACCAUGGAAGGAGUCACUUCUAUGACGAGCCACUGGAGCCGGCUGUACUUCAUGACUUUCUACAUCGUUACCAUGGUGGUGAUGACCAUUAUUGUGGCCUUCAUUUUGGAUGCGUUUGUGUUCCGCAUGAACUACAGCCGCAAGAACAGAGAACCAGUGGAGAACCCAGAGGAUGAGAAUGGGAUUGUGUUCGAGGUUGAGGUGAGUCGUGAUGAAUCUCUGGCCACUCUGGAGCUGUACAAACAGAUCUGCUCUGGACUGUCCUCCCUCAGCUCUCUUCAGGGAGUCCUACAAGCCAUGGACAGGAGCGGGCACACUUCUCUGGUGUACCUUGGCCGCAGGUCAAGAACAAAGAGUGACCUCAGUAUGAAGAUGUACGAGGAGGAGAUACAGGAGUGGUAUGCAGAGUACUCGAGGGAAAACCUGCCUCAGACAGACCAAAGCCUAGAACAGGAGCUGGACAGUCCCAUCUCUGACCUGUCUUCCUUCCCUGAGCUUCAGCUCAACUCACAGACUGGACCUCACAGCAUCAACUAACUCCCAGCAACACAUACACACCACAGUAUCGGUGUUAUAAUAAUGCUACAAAACCAGAAGCUCUCCACCUCUUCCCAUGUUCUCAUUUUUUUUACCACAGCUGGAGAAAAAUGCUGGACCUUUUGAACUCAUGUAAGAUUGAGAUGAAUUAAAGGAGCCUGGAGCCAUCAGUUCAGACUGACAGACAGACUUCACUGUGUGUUGAUGGACCAGUGAAGUGGGAAUGAUGCCCUCUGUUGGCCUUUUUGAAGACUGCAGGAAACCCGGGCAGGGAGCCUGAGCUAUUACAGUAUGUUGUGUACGUAUGCCGCUGAAGGCCUCCUAUUAAUCAUCAUAGAACUGUAACCUGAUGCCUUAGAUCAGUGGCUCAUACAAAUGGUAUUAACUUCUACUAUAACAUAAAGACCAAAAUUCAAACCAUCACACUCCUUUUAGCUCUGCCCCGACAGUACCACUCCAAUGUUUCUCCUAACUCAUGUCUCCAAAAACUUUCAAGUGUUUUACUUUUUUAUAACUUCAUAUUCUGUAAUGUAUUUUAGUUAGUUGAUAAGAAAUUUUAUUAAACUGUUAAAAUUUU